UCCCUCGCAGCCAGAUCAAGAGAAGUCCGUCAUUCACUCCUGCUGCACAGGUUGUGAGGAAGGGGAAGGAGAGAGUGAGAGUAGAAGAGGUAGCAACUGCUGACGAAAAACCAGGACAGACACAGAAGAGGUGACAGAAGACAGAGUCCUGCUGGUGUUUCCUUUUUUUUUUUUCUUGUAAGUGAAGAAGAGUGUGCAGGACUGAGGCAGGAGAGAUUCUUCAGGUUUGGGACUACCCAGCAGUGGGAGGUUCCUCCAGGGAGGUUAUAGUGAUCUUCAGCAGAGACCCCCUCCUCUUCAGUGGGAGCCAGACCCCCCCGGGAUCCACAGCCAUGGAGCCCUCCGUGUCGACCGAGGUCGAGGGGGAGGCCAAGGAGAGGAAGAAGAUCCACUUUGCUGUUCCAGCCUCUGCACCCACCAACCUGGACCCCCGGCAAGUGGAGAUGAUCCGGCGCAGGAGGCCAACGCCUGCCACACUGUUUAGAGUAGCCGACCAGUCUUCUCCUGAGGAUGAUCAGUCCACCCAUCAGGUAAAGUGGGUUGUGGGAGAAAACGGAGUGCUCAAACCAAAACGUGUCAAUCCAAAUGUGUACCAGCCUCCAUCACUCAAAGCUGUGCAGAAGAUGGCUGAAGCACAUAUGCAGAACCUAGGUGUCUACCCUCCUUUGGAAGACCCUUGUGAGGGGGAGGAGGAUGAGGACGACUGGCAGGGGGAUGAGGGAGAGGACACAUCUCCCACCAAAGCUGCUGAUCACCAAGAAACAGCGACCACUGAGCAGUCAGACAGGUUUUCCAGCAUGAGAGAGACAUCCAAGCAGAUUCCAGCAGCACAGGAGGAAGAGGAGGAGGAAGAUGAGGAGAAGGAGGAGAGGGUGGACAAAAUCAAGGAAACGACAGAGGAGAACAAUCGGGGGAGUAACUGAGACAUGGGGGGAGGAGAUGGGGAGAGUAAAGGGUUUUUUUGGUCAAAUGGUUAAAAUCUGCAGAACUUGUGAACAGGUGAUGAAAUUGGUUUGUUGUUUUGUUAAAGUUGAGAACGAGCGAGCAAAGGUUUCUGUACUUUCACCUCCAAACAGACGGAUUAAAGGGAGGACAGAGGGGAGUGUGUGUUAGUGCUUUAUGAGGAGGUGAGGAGUGAUGUACCGACAGAGCAGACUACAGACGCCACUUUGGCCCUAAUGUUCCUUUGUUUAUCAUAAGACUGGAGGGCUCAAGGUCAACAUUGGCCCAAACCUGCGCCCCCCCCUCCCCCCUCCCCCCUCCCCUUCUACCUUCAUGCUUCUGCACAGAGCUAAAUGUUCCUUAAAAGAGGCUAAUACUUGCCAGACAAACACAAUCACACCCAAGGCACACAUUAAAUAAAAACUUUCUUUUAUGACCCUCUUAAAGUACUUGAAAGUCCUUAGAUUAUGUGUUUUGGUAAAUGUCAAGUCACAUUCUGAUUUGCAACAUUGUCAUUGUAGAGUCCUUUAGUUUAAUAUGCAUUUACUGCCCUCUAGUGGCAAAAAGAUGAAAUUACAUGUAUGAAGUUGCACUCCAGUCAAAGAUCUAUGGACAUCAAAUAUUUGCAGCUUAAAAAUGACAGAUGAGAACAGAAGAUGUGUUUAAAGACCCCCCCCCCAACAUUUUUUUUUUCUAAAUUUAUCCUUUAUUUUAUCAGUUUCUUACAGACACAACCAAAGCAGUUAGUCAGAUAACAUUAAAUUAUCUGCACAAUCAAUUUGCGACAGGCAUUUUUCAGCAAUUUAGUUUUUCAUUAACUGUAAUAUUUGACUGACAUUGUGCAGAAUAAUGUCAGUGUACAUUUUCUCACAUUUAUUUACUGAAAAGAUAAAUUUUUCCAGCAAAAAUCUGAAUUUAGGACCUAAUUUACGGUCAGAUCCUGAUUUACUCUUUAAAGACCCCCUUCCCAACAUUUCUUUUGUCUACAUUUACCCUUUAUUUUAUCAGUUUCUUACAAAAACAAUAAACAAUCAGACAGAACCAAAGCAGUCAGUCAGAUUACAUUAAAUUAUCUGCCGUAUCAAUUUGCGAUGGGCAUUUUUCAUGAGUUUGUGAACAUUUAUUAGGUUUUCAUUAACUUGUCAUUGUGCAGAAUAAUGUCAGUGUAGGUUUUCUCACAUUUAUCUACUGAAAACAGAAAUUUUUCCAGCUAAAAUCUAAAUUUAGGACCUAAUUUACAAUCAGAUCCUAUUUUUUUCUUUAAAGACUCCCUUCCUAACAUUUCUUUUAUCUGAAUUUAUCCUUUAUUUUAUCAGUUUCAUACAAAAACAAACAAUCAGAACCAAAGCAGUCAGUCAGAUUACAUUAAAUUAUCUGCAGAAUCAAUUUACAAUGGGCAUUUUUCAUCAAUUUGUGAACAUUUAUUAGUUUUCAUUAACUUGUCAGGGAGCAGAAUAACAUUAGUGCAGGUUUUCUCACAUUUAUCAACUGAAAAGAGACAUUUUCUCAGCAAAAAUCUGAAUUUAGGACCUAAUUUAUAAUUGGAGGUGAAGUUAUUGAGACACAUGACUUAAGUUCAGCCACAAUUUUUAGGACUCCAGACCUACUUGACAAACACUGAUGAAAACCCAGACUGAAAUUUGACUUAACUUGACGUCAUCCUGCUUAGAAACACAUUGAGUCUUCAGUAUUUAUGGCAUUAAAACCACAGGAGAAGUUCAAAGACAUGUUAUAGUAAAGACAAGUGAUUGGAGAAGUUUCACAUCAAUUGUCUCAGUAAAAGUAUUAAUACAAACAAUGAAAAUACUCCACUGUAAUAAAAGUACUGCAUUCCAAAACUUUUUCAAUUAAAAGUAGACUAUAUAUAUUAUGUUUAAUCAGGCAGCUGUAGUUAAAGAGUCAAAAAGUAAAGGGUUCAUAGUGAAAUAACUUAAAUUCCACCCCUGUAACUAAUGCAGAUGUUUUAAGGUACUAUUCAGUUUGUUUUAACUGUGAUAUUCUUAUUCAAAGUGUCACUCCCUUUGGGGUUCAUGCUCAUAAAUAAUGCUUUCAUUUUUCAUGUAGGACCGACCAACCAUCAGAGCUUCAUUUUUUUUUUUUUUUAUUAGGCGUUUUUAAGUUAUGUUAAAACACAAAAACAAAGGCUCAGAUGUGUGUAAUAAUUAAUUAAUUAAUUAAUUAAUUAAUUAAUUAAGUAGCCAGUCCUUACUUAAAGGGGUUAUAUUUUGCUAAACCCACAAGUUUGAAUUUGAACUACAGAACUACAACUACUGAAGAUAUUUCGCCUUUGUUUUUUUAUAACAAUUUUGCACCAGUAUCAUGUUUUUUUACUCCUUUCUUUAUCUGAUUUAAACCUGCAUUUGCUUAUUGGUUUUAAUUUGAGACUAAAUGAUGCAUUUGAUGUCCUUAGAGUUUUGACUGGUCGUGUACACUCAUCAGAUAUUUUUAACGGAAUCAAAAAAAAAAAAUCACUUUUUGUCAAAAUAAUUGUGUGUAUUUUGUUCAAAUCCUCGAGCACAGUGGGUGCAUGUGUGUGGUUACUGCAUUAAAAUUUCAAUUAGGACUUUCUGUAGUUUCAGGAUGUCUUCAAAUUCACAUUUAAAGGGUGACGCUACCUCUAUCGUCUUAAAAUAUCACAGACGUUUCCUCCACACACUUUGAACUGACACAGGGAAUCACAGUUUUAAUUUUCAAUCUUUCCAAUAUUAUCGACUCGUUUGGGAUUCCCUAGAUUCCCUUUUAUACGUUAACUCUUUUCUAUUGUUGUUAUCUUUGUAAUUGUUCGCUCAUGAUUUGUACGUCAUGAAUCUGUUGUAAAAGCUAUUUUUCUAUCCAAGGGCCAGUGUAUGAGUAGCUCAGCUCUAUCCUGUUUCUACUGUUGUUAUUUGAGUCUAAAAUUACACAAAAGCCUGCAUUUUACAGGCAGCUCAUGAAACCAGGUCCUGUAGUUACUGUUCGACUGACAUUUGAGCCAAACAGUCACUACACGGCCUCUCUGUAGUGUUUUUAAGACAGUUGAUCUCUUUUCAUGGAAGUCAACAAUCAUCUGAACUAUUUCCAGUCUGUCUACUUACUUCGUUUCCAGUUUAGAUUUAGAGACAGAUUCUGAUGCUUAUCUAUUAAGGUUGUGCCACAGGAUGAAUAAAUCUCUCUGUUUGUAUGUAACGGUGAUACAUCUGUCCAAAUUAGGGGGUGACAGACGGACAGGUUUGUUUGUCCUCCUUCUCUGCUCUCUGUCUAACCUCCCAAGAAGAAAAACAACCAUGGAAAGACAUGUACGAACUUUUAUGCUUAACUGUCUUUAUUUUUUUCUUUUAUUUUUCCAUUCUCUUGUUUCUAAAUGUGAUGUGGUUGUUUUAAAGCAAUGAUAACAAAAAUAAACAUUUUUCCUUUUCCCACCUUGAAACAU